AUGAAUAAUACAAAUUGUUUCCCUAAAAUCUAAAAGGCAUAAUCAACAGUAAAAGUAUUUUAUAUAAAAUAUAGGCAAAACUUUUAAUAAAGACAGAUUGGGAUUAGAGUAUCAAUUCAAGUAUACCUCUAACAAUAAGAGCAGAAAUGUCAUCAAACCGAAUGAAAACUGAUUUUACUAAUAAAAACUUUUAAACUAAUUCUGAUGUUUCUUAUCUAAAAAAUAAACAUAAAAAAUUUCAAUCAAUUGAAAGCAGCAUAUAUAAAGAUCCAGAACUAUCUUAAACAGUAAAAACAAUAUAUAUAAGUUUUAGAAAUAUGAUAAAUCUUUAUAAAGUUUUUAUAGUACAAUGUACAGAAAAUCAUAAAACAAAUUACAAUUCAAAAAUAAAAUUGAUAAGAAUAUUAAUAAAGUUUAAUGGUUAGACUUUGAAGAAUUAUUAAAAGAUAAGAAUUUAAUGGAGAAUGGAUUAUAAAAAUACUUUUUUGAUAUUUUGAAACAUGAAAUAAAAUAAUCACCAAAUUAAUCAGUUAUUCCACCAAAUAGAUAAUAAGCUUUAGAUUUGAAAGAGUGGUUAUUCUUUAUGCUUUAAAGAACAAAAGAUAAAAGCAAAAAUUUAACAUCAAUAUAAAUAGCUGAAGAAAUUUAACUAAUUUAUACAUCUUGUUUUAAAGAAAUUAUAAAGUAUAUAUAAUUUUAAUAUAUAGAUAAGUUAAAGUUGAAUGUGUGGAUAGAGGAGAAUUACUAUAAAUAAUAUGGGAUUUUUAUAUUUAAUUGAUUGAUUAAAUAAUUAAAAGUUCAAAUUAAUAAAUGCAAUGUGUUGAAUAAGAAAUGAAAAAUAAAAUGAUUGAAUAACAAAAUUUUUAUAAUGAAUAACUUCAUUAUUAAGAACUCAUUUAUAAUGAAAGCUAGAAUUAAAUUAAAUAAUUAUAGUUUGACUAUGAUAGAGCUUUAGAUAUUGAUUAAUAAUAAAAAUAAGAAAUAUUAUAAUUAACAUAAGAAUACAGAGAAGCACUUGAAGUUAUUGAAUAACAUAGAAAAUAAAUAGAUGAAUUACAAUUAUAAAUUGUUAUGUUAAAAACUGAAUAAAUUAAUGAAAAUAAUCCAGAAAAUGAAAAAAUAAAUAUAAAAGUAUAAUAGGGAUAGUCAAUUGUUUCACAUUUAAUGAAUUUUCAAGCUAAAAUUGAUAAUAAUUAGAAAUAUAGAAUUAAAUCUCCAUUUAAAUCAUAAGGUAGUAAAUCUCCUGGUAGAUCACCUAAAAAAAAUAGUAUUAUGUUUGAUAGAUGGGAAUAAUUAAGAAUAUAAGAAAAUUAAUUAAAAUCUUAAAUCAUAUCACUAAAAUAUUUAGAUUUUGAUAAAGAUUAAUAACCCUCUUAAAAUAAAAUAAUAUAAAUAAGUGGAACAGAUGAUAAAUCAGUAUAAACAGAAGAUUAAUCUUAAUCUUAAAAUUAAAACAAUAAUUAAUAAGAACAACAUAAUUUACAUAGUCAAUAAAAUAUUUCUAUUUUGGAGAAAAGCAAAUAAGUAUCUAAUAGUUUGGAAUAAAAAAUAUCUAUGGCUAUGAAAAUAUUAGAAGAAUAAAAAUUAGAUGAAAAUAAUAAAUAAUUGUUAUGUAGAACAUUAAGUGAAAGUAAAGAAGUUUGUGAAUAAAAUAAAUCAUUAUCAAUGAGAUUGAUUUCAAUGAAUAGAUUAGAUUCAAUAUAAAAAAUGGAAUUAUUGGAAAAGGAGGAAUUAUGUUAAGAAUUGGAAAUGAAAUUAUAAUAAACAGUAUAAGAUUUUAUAUCAAUAAUUUAAAAUAGCAAAAAGAAAUUGUAUAAACUUGUAACUAAAAACACUUAAUUAAUUGGAACUUUGAAAUAGAUUGAAAGUAAAUAUGAAAUUAAAAUUAAUGAAGUAAUAGAUGAGGAGGAAUGUUAAAUCAAUAAUUAUCUUAAUGAUAUAGAUUAAAAUAGAGAAGAUAAUGAAUUAAGUCUUAGUAAAGAAUCUUAAAAUUUAGAUGAUGAAAGAUAUCCAUAAGAGAAAUUAAUUAAAAUGGUAGAUUCAAUCAAUCUCAAAAAAUAAACCAAUUAAAAAUCUUAAAAUUAUUAAGAAGAUAAUUCAGAAACUAAUAAUAAUGAUUAAUCAGAAUAAAUUGAUAAUUAUUUUGAUAAUUAAACCAGCCCAAAAGAUAUCAGAUACCUAUAAGAUAUUUAUCAUAGUUAAAAAGAAUCUGAACCUAAUGAUGAAAAUACAUUUAAAGAUUCUCCAGAUUAAAUGCCAUCUGAUCAUUCAAAGUCAGAUCUAUUAAUAAAUCCUAAUCAAAAUAAUAAAUCUAAAGAAUUAGAUGAAAAUCUUAUAUAGAAAAAUAAUGAUUUGAAAACUUCUACUAAGAACAAAACUAAUUCAAAGAAUAAUCCUACCAAUUCAAAAUCUAUAUAAAGAAUUUAAUAAUAAUAAUUAGGAGACUCAAAGAUUAUCAAUCAACAAUAAUAUCAUAUAAGAAAUAGUAAAAAUUAAUUAGACAAUAAUUCUAUUAAACCUACAAAAACUAAUUCUAAACAUAAUAUAAGUAAUAGUCCCAUAAGAGAAACAGAUGAAAUUUCUUAAAUAAAUUAAAGCUAAAGAAGUCUAGUAGAAUCAGAUAGAAUUGAUUUAGAUGAUGAAAAAAACCGUUCUCAAAGAAUUAAAGAUGUCAUAUCAUAAUAUAAAGAUAAAUAAUUUACUAAAUGUAAUAUAUGUUUUAUAUAUAUGUAGAUGCUUCUGCUCAUAAAACUCUAAAUUUUAAUUUACUAUAAGAAACUAAGCAAGCUAAAAAAUUUAGAAGGGUUUAUAGUUAAAAUACUGAUGUAGCUAAUAAUUUACUUAAAUAAGUAAUAAAUAGUAAAAAUUUAACUAAAACUUUAUCUUUCCUACAAUUCAAUAAAAUUAUUAAUUAAAUAUUAACUGAUGUUUCAAAGUAAAAUGAAGCCUAUAAAAUACCAUUUCAUGUUUGUAUUUAUGAUUUCAUAAAAAAUAAAUAUGGAUUUAAAUAAGUGGCUGAAAAAAAAAUAAAAUAAGUAAUUUAUUAUUAUUUAUUUUUAAGAUCUAUGAAUUUAUCAUAAUUGAGAAAGAAAAGAAUGCAAAAGUCUUGUUAAUUUCAAAAUAUUGUAAUCUAAAAAAUGAAAUUGAUGAAGUUGCUUAAAAACUUUUAAUUGAAGCUUUUUUAUUUUUUAAUAAUAAAAUUGAAUCCAAUAAAACAGAAUUUUUUAUAACUUAUGAAUCAGCAAAUGAAUUUUUAAAUGAAAAAUCUUAACUUUGGUUAUAAACUAAUUAAAUGCAAUAAUUAUAAAAUUAAUUUAAGGUAUUAAACUAAUAAUAUGGGUCUAAUAAACAUUACAUUAAUUUUGAUUAAUUUAUAAUGAAAAUCUUAGAUUUUUAUAUAUUUAAUAAAAAAGACUAUUAAAAGAUAUUGGAAACAUUAUUUAAGGCUGCAGAUUUAGAUGGAAAUAAACUAAUAGAAUAUUAAGAAGUAAAUAAUAUAUAAUAAAAAAUAUAGUUUAAAACUCUUUAUAGAGCAAUCCAUACUUAAUAAAUGUUAACUGAAAGUUUAUUAUAAGUAUUUUUAAAAAAUGCUGACUUUGCUGAUGAUUAAGGAGAUAAGUAUCUAACAUUACCUAGAUUUACUGAAAUGGCAAUUGAAUUAAGCAUUUUUCCAAAAGAAUCUGUUAUUAAAUAUGGAGAAGGUUGUGAAAAAAUAAAAGAGCAUUGGGAAAAUGAGAAAAAUACAAUAAAAUCUAGGUUUUUAGAAGCUAAAUAAUAUUUAAAAGUUAAACAUACAUUCGUAGAGUUAGAUAAUUUAAUAAAUAAUAAUAAAAAAGAGAUUUAAAGUAAAAUAUUAUUAUUUUAAUAAUUAGAUAUUUUAUGGAUGAGUUAUAAACUUCUUAAUGAAUAAUCUUUGAGAGUCUAUCUUAAGUAUAAUUUAUACUUAUUUCAAGAUAUUAAACUAAAUAGUGUCUUUCUGAAUUGCUACCUUUGGAAAUAUUAGAAAUUCAACAAUAAUAUAAAUAAUUAGAUACAAUUGAAUGA